AUAUAUAUAUAUAUAUAUAAAUAGGUAGUAAAAAUUCAACAAAUAAUAAGAAAUUUGGUGUUUUAUACCCAAGCUAUAACCGGUAGAUACAUAAUGGAGACCUCACGAAAUUAUAAAAAUCCUUUUCUGGAUUAUACAAAUUCAUCUUCUACUACCGUAUUGAAUCUCGAAGAAAAUACUAUAGCAGACAAUUUUAAAGUUUUGUUGACAAAAAAAACGAAAAAAUUGUUACAAAAAUUAGAAGAAAAUAAAAAAACUUGGACUUACAAUGACGAUCAUUCUAUUUACACAGGAAUAGCUGGUAUUGCAAAUAUGUUUAAAAUCUAUGCUGAUACUUUCAACGAACCUUCAUAUUAUUCUAAAGCAAUAGAAUUGUUGCAAAUCAGUAUCGACAAAUUCAAAUGGGGAAAAGAAAUGACUUUUUUAACUGGUUUAUCUGGACCAUUAGCACUUGGUGCAGUUCUAUUUCAUAAACAUGGAUGUAAGGAUGAUUAUCAAAAUGCUAUAUCCGAAUUAAUAUCAUUAUCAUCUCAAGUUGUAAAAGAACACGACAAAGUAUAUAAUGAAUUACUUUAUGGAAGAGCAGGUUAUCUUUACUCUCUACUUUAUGUAAAUUCAAAUAUAUCCCCAGCUCCUAUAGAAAGUAAUAUUAUCAAACAGGUCAUUUCUUGUAUAAUAAAAUCUGGAAAUAUAUAUUCCAAAUCAAGACGUUACAAGACUCCAUUAAUGUAUUCGUGGCAUAAUUCUGAAUAUCUUGGUGGAGCUCAUGGACUGGCUGGUAUUCUCUACAUGCUGUUACAAGCUCGAGAUUAUUUGACUGAAGAACAACUAAAUAAUGAAAUAUUACCAGCUUUAUAUUAUCUUCAAGAUUUACAAUAUCCAUCAGGAAAUUUUCCUUCUUCUGUAGGAAGUGACACAGAUAAAUUAAUACACUGGUGUCAUGGAGCUCCAGGAAUGACCAUGUUAUUUUGCCUUGCCUAUGAGAUAUAUUCGGAUGAGAAAUUUUUACAAACUGCUUUACAAUGUGGAGAAGUUAUUUGGGCAAGGGGUUUGUUAAAAAAAGGAUAUGGAAUAUGUCAUGGGGUUUCUGGAAAUGCAUAUACCUUUCUACAUCUAUUUCAACAAACGAAGGAUCUAAAACAUCUGUAUAGAGCUUGUAAAUUUGCAGAAUGGUGUUUUGAUUACGGACAUAAUCAAAAUCGAAUUCCAGACAGACCAUUUUCUUUGUUUGAAGGUCUUGCUGGUGUUAUUUAUUUCCUUAUAGAUAUGCAAAAACCAAAUAUGGCCAAAUUUCCAGCAUAUACUUUAUAAAAUGAAUAUUUAUGUAUUAUCAUAUUGAAUACAUCAAAAUUCUUCUAUAAGACUAUUUCUUGAAAGAAAACAUCCUAGAAUAAAUAAUUUCUAUUUAAAAUUGAAUGAGAUCUUUUUCUAGA